AGGUACAUUUUUCAAUUCAUUGAUUACUAAAUUGGUAAGAUUUUCAACAAUUUACUCCGUAUUAGCUAUAAAUGGUUCAUUCUGUUCUGUAAUAAUCUCAGUCAAUUUUAAGGAUAAAUGGAGUCCUUUCAAUACAGCCCGACUCCGUCUUCAGAGAGCUUAUCUUGUUGCACGACUGAUGAUCAAGACUUUGGCGGAAUCGGUGUCGACGGAACUCUGGAUCGUGGUGGCUUUGAGGCCCCUAAGGUGAACAAAGGUCGUGGGUGUAACAACAGGACUGGAUCCAUGGCUUUAAACUUUAGUUUGUUGAGUCAAUACCAUGCUAUUACGAAACGACGUAGAAGAGACAAACUUAACCAAAGAUUCAUUGCUCUCGCGAAAGUCAUUCCUUGCUUUGAUAAGAUGGAUAAAACAUCUGUGCUUGAAGAAGCAAUCAAGUACGUGAAACAGCUCGAAGAACGUGUUAAAGACCUUGAAGAGCAAGCAAAGCCGCGAAUGGUUGAAUCAGCAAUGCUAGUGAAGAGGACACGUGAAACCGUGGAUUUGGAGUCCAAGAAAAUUGCAUUUCCAGAAAUAGAAGCUAAAGUAAGCAACAAGGAUGUUUUGGUUAGAAUUUAUUGUAAGAAACAAUAUGGAUUACUACUACUAGAAAGGAUAUUGAAAGAAAUGGACAAGGUUCACUUGUCUAUUAAUGGUACCGGCCUUCUUUCUUUUGGGAAUCAUGACUUGGAUAUCACUAUAACCGCCAAGAUGAAUGAAAACUUUGGAAUCACAGCAAAGGAGCUUGUGCAAAAACUAAGGAUGGUCCUCUAAGCUAGCCUGCAUCUUACGAAUUGAAGUACUACAUAGGCCUCUAGCAAAAUUAAAUGGAUGAAUCCUUUCACGUGCUUACAGUGUGUUUGGAUUGAAGGAAGUAUAGAAAAAGAAAGAGAAGGGAAAAGGAGAGUUGAGGUAUCCUUCAUUUGGAUAAUAAAUGAGGAAAGAAGGAAAUUAGAGGGAAGAGAAAUAAAGAGAUUAAAUUGUAGAAAAUUGAUCCCUUCAAAAGGAAAACUCACCAUUCUUCCCUCCCCUCCCUUUCUCUCCCCCCCCC